AUGAGUACCAGCAAAUAGCAAUUACGAAGAAAUUCCGCUGUAAAACAACUAAAUCAGAGUAUGGCACUUAUUUAAGAGUUGUAUAUAAAAACAUUUCAUUAUUUCUUUUAUUCUCUCAAAAACCACAUUCAAAUAUUAUGUUCAAUAUUAGUUUUAAUGAUUAAUAAAAUUUAAGAGAGUUACUUUUAGACUUUUUUAGAAAAAGAGCCCUCAAUCUAAAAAGUCAAAUCUAUAUAGAUGUAGGUCAACAAAUAUACAAUUUAAAAGAAAACCAAUUAAUUUGAAUCAGAAAGUCUUGAUAGUAGCAGGAGUGUCUUCAACUCAGAUUAUGACCCAAAGCCUAUUUUUGAAACACAACCUCGUUACUAUACUACCAUUUCAGUCUCCAAGAAAAAUAAGAUGUUUGAGAGAUCAUCCAAUGCUCAAAAUGUCAAUUAAAAAUUAGCUCAACGAAAAAGAAUUCAGUCAUUUCAAUUAGAUGAAGAUGCUUACAGCUUUGAGGAAGAAGAAAGCCUUCCUGAAAAAUUGAUGGAUGUCGAUCUCUACUUCAGAUAAGAUGCUAUUGUUUCAGUCCAAAAGAUUCUUUCAACCUAAAGAAAACUAUCAUGA